AUGCUGGACAUCUACCAGCUGAAUCUCGCCGGCCUUCUGGUGGCCUGCGGCGCUCUCUUCGCUUCAAGCAACACUGAUAAACCCGUCAAAAAGGAUGAGAAGAGCGCGAAACAACAAAAGAAAGAGAAACCCCAGCAAGGAUCGCAAUGGGCGUUCUACGUCGUUUACGCUCUCGUCAUGGGCUCGGAUUGGCUUCAGGGCCCAUUUCUCUACUCUCUGUACAAGAAUGAGCACGGCAUCUCCUCAGACCUUGUCCCGACGCUUUUCACGACAGGAUUUGUCUCUGGAGCUGUAGCCGGCUACUUCAUCGGCUCCCUGGCCGACCGUCACGGCCGCAAGGCGAGCUGUCUCUUCUUCUGCGCCGCCUAUGCCCUCUCAUGCCUUCUCACCACCAUCCCGAACCUGCCGCUACUCUUCGUCGGCCGCGUCCUUGGAGGUCUCGGAACCAGUCUUCUUUUCAGUGUCUUUGAGAGUUGGAUGGUCACCGACUUUCACGCCCGUCGUCUCGGGGAGAAAGGUCUGGACCUGUCGCGAACUUUCGGCUUCAUGAGCACGGUCAACAGCAUUGUGGCCAUCGUCAGUGGCGUUGCCAGCGAGUGGUUGGUUUCCAUCACCGGAACGCGCAAGUCGCCAUUUCUCGCCAGCAUUGGGUUGCUCGUGCUAGCCGCCGGUAUCAUUACUAGCCAAUGGGACGAGAACUAUGGUUCUACGGGCCAAAGUUCGUCUAAGGAGGCUUCCAAGGGAAAGAAACCCAGCCUCUGGACCACGAUGACCGACAAGCGCGUACUUACUAUUGGCCUCGCAUCAACAAUGUUCGAAGGUUCCAUGUAUCUCUUUGUAGUUCUCUGGAGUCCCGUCCUUCUCGGCGCCUCCUCUUCUCCGGACACCUUGCCUUACGGCAUCAUCUUCGCUGCCUUCAUGGCCUCGACUCUGCUCGCCUCCCUCUUGUAUCCUCGCCUGUCUGCCAUGGUCUCAACUCCGUCUCGUUUGCUGUUCGCAGUCUUACUGGCAGCUAACGCUGUCUUCUUUGCUCUCGGCACCGGUGGUGCGCGCCCAGAGCAGGUUACCUUCUGGCUGUUCUGUCUCUUUGAGGCUUGUGUGGGACUCUACUUCCCGUCCAUGGGCUACCUCAAGGGCAAGGUUGUGAACGAUGGCGUACGCGCGCAGGUUUACGGUGUUCUGAGAAUCCCGCUCAACUUGUUCGUCGUUGUCAGUCUGAUGUUCACAAGUGACGAAGGAGCAAACAAGGUGUUUCUCGUGUGCGGCAUGUUGCUCCAGGCAAGUUGCGGCGCGUUAUGGCUCAUGGGUGGACAGGAUGUAUGA